GUGCAGAACGUCUUCCUGCUCCACCUUUACUCAACGUCUUUACCGAUCAAUGAUGUCUCUAUAUUUGUCUUAUCAACGUUCGAUGGCGUUUGCUCAUCUGCCGAUCGGCAUGAACCUGCUAGGGGUGUUGUGGCAGAGAUCAGUGGGGCUGACGAUUUGAAACUAGCCACACAGCCGAAUCUUCUACCCGCGCCUCUUUCAAACUCUUCCAGCAUCCACUAAUUGUCUCUACCCUGAACCGUCAGGAUAACCGCGCUGUGAGAGUUGCUUUGCCUUACUACAACCUCAUUGCCUCUUCGUCAUCAUAGAUCAUUUUCUACUGCACAGCUUCUUUAUCUCUACUUCUUAAAUCCGCCUGUCCUUUAGCUCCUCGUUCGUUGGAGACCAUUUUUUAGUUCCUCUCCUCAUACCGGUCAACAUCAUGAAGAAUUCUUUCCUCAUUGUUUUUCUCUUUUCGUUUGCAGUCGCCGUGGCAUCCUCACUCGAUGUCCAGGCUCGAAACCCCACGCCGUCAAAGAGAUAUGCACUCCCCAUUCUUCCUCGGCAGCCAGGACCUUCCAUGGUUCCUGCUAAGCGAUCCUUGGUCAAACGCGCUCCCGCUCCCGGGCCAUCCGCAGCUUAUGUUGCUCGCGAGGCCAGUCCAUUACAGCGUCUCGCUGCUCUUCAAGCCUCUCCUACAAAGCGGCCGUCAGCUCGCCAGUUGGCUGCUUCACCUCAUUACGCCCGUGCUGCUGCGCCGGCCCCGUCUAGGCGCGCCGCUGAGGACUCCGCAGCUCCAAAAAGGCGCAGCCUAGACGAAUCAGCACCUUGCCCCGUUUUGAGCACACCUGGGCAGUUCCCUCGCACGUUUGCCGAGUGGGAAGCAAUAGGAUUCGAGUGUGUCGAUUUUACGGCAGAUCUGCGCUCCUGCGGCGGUUGUUCCAGUCUUGAUCCUAUUGAGCAUGACUGCACGAAGAUCCCACAUGUUGAAGGCGUCGCUUGCGUCACUGGUGAAUGUCAAAUCUCGUCUUGCCAACCUGGUUAUUCGCUAGACAGUGAUGGCCACGCGUGCUCACCAACGGAGUAGGCGUGCAGAUUCAUUGGAUAUUUCUCAAAGACUUUACGUUCUUUCCAUGCUAUAGACGACUGAAUUUUGGGCGUUUAGUCCUUUCCUUCGUACUACAGGACUUCGAUUGCUUGGCAUCUUCUAUUCCUGGACCGUUGACGUUGUUGUGCUACUUACAUUCUAGUCUUACGUCCCCCCAUGUUUUUACGAUUGUGCAGAUUGGUACUAGUACUUAACUCUAGUUGUUCUGCUCAAUAGACUUUGUGUUGUAUGUAUAUAGCAAAGCGCCGCUGAGAUUGAAAUGAACGACGACAAGCUCGGGCUCGGGGUGGAG